UAAAUUAUUCUAUCUUUUUCAUCAAUUUUAUAAAGAAGAUUUAAAAAAGAACAGAUCUGUGAUAAAUUUGAACAAAUAUGGUUGGCACGAACGACAUCAACGAAAGCGUAUUAAAAUUGAUAGGCGAUAUUCAUUAUGGUGAUAUUACAGGUACAGACAAUAUCGUGGCGGCUACUAUGUCGGUUUUAAAAGAAAUUAUAAAUAAUACGGAGUGGACCACUGCUCAGAAUCUCAUAAGUGUAAUAAAAGAGAAUGGAAAACAUUUAGUAGGAGCUAUUCCUCUUGAGUUCUCCGUUGGAAACAUGGUAAGAAGGAUAUUAAAAAUAAUUAGGGAGGAAUAUACUUCAGAAUUACAGAAUAAAACUGAAGAAACAGAUCCACAAGAAUCAUUGCAUAAAAUUCUUACUGCCGAAGGGGAUCAACAAAUUGAUUUUAACGUUUGUGUACCUUCUUUGAAAGAAGCUCUUAUAGAGCAUAUUAAUGAGUUUGAGGUUGAAUUAGAGACUUGUGCAGAAAAUAUUACAGAACAAGCUUCAGAGCAUAUUCAUUCUAAUGAAAUUAUAAUGACAUUUGGUAAAUCAAAGUUAGUAGAAGAAUUUUUCAAAAGAGCUGCAGCAACAAGAGCAUUUGAAGUUAUAGUAGCAGAAGGUGGACCUUCUUUAAGUGGUCAUGAAAUGGCAGUGAACCUCGCGAAGGCAAAGAUUAAAACGACUUUAAUAUCGGAUGCAGCGAUUUUUGCAAUGAUGUCGCGCGUGAAUAAAGUAAUAAUUGGCACACACGCAGUUAUGGCAAACGGAGGGUUAAGAGCGAUCUCGGGUGCGCAUAUAGUUGCUCAAGCUGCAAAACAUUACUCUGUUCCAGUAAUGGUGUUAUUGCCACUUUAUAAACUUUCUUCCCUUUAUCUUUGUUCACACGAACAGGAUGGUUUUAAUAAACAUGCUUCACCAUUCCAAGGUGUAAUUAACAGUGCCAAUGCACCCUUGUUAGAAAGGAUUCAUGUAUAUAAUCCAGUUUUUGAUUAUGUACCACCAGAACUGGUUACAUUAUUUAUUACAAAUACAGGUGGAAACGCCCCAUCAUAUGUUUAUAGAUUACUCAGUGAAUUGUACCAUCCGGAUGACUAUGAAUUAUAAAGGAUAAACAUAUUUAUAUUUGUAUAUUUAUACUACAACACUCUUAAAUAGUUAACAA